AUGGUUAAGCCGCUCACAUUCAAGGGCGACAAGCCAAAAAAGCGCAAGCACCGUGAUCCUGACUCGGAAAAGAGCUCCAAAACUCGCAAAACUGCCGAUCAAACGGCCCUAGAGACCGACGACAACCCGCCCGAAGACCAAAGCUGGGUAUCCGCCGACGCCCCCAGCGACAUCGCCGGCCCAGUUGUGCUCGUGCUUUCAUCCGAUGAGCCGACCUGCAUUGCAAGCGAUGCCAAUGGUCAGGUUUUUGCCAGCGUGGUAGAGAACCUGAUUGAAGGAGACCCAGCAACUGCGGAGCCGCACGAUGUGCGACAGGUGUGGGUUGCGACUCGAGUUGCAGGGACCGAGUCAAUUAGUUUCAAGGGACACCAUGGAAAAUACCUAAGCUGCGACAGCUAUGGCCUGUUCAGCGCAACCGCCUCCGCAGUCUCCCAUUUCGAGUCCUUCCUCGCUAUUCCUUCCUCCGAUUUACCCGGCACAUUCUCAAUACAAGUUCGGGGAGGCGAUGCAGAAUCUUUUCUCUGUACGAAGGAGAAUGCCAAAGCCACUAACGGCGUGGAGAUCCGCGGCGAUGCGAACGCAGUUUCAUUCGACACGACGGUGCGGAUCCGUAUGCAGGCACGGUUUAAGCCACGGUUGCGUGCGAAAAAGGAGUCAAAGGCCUAUGAAAAGAUUAGCCGCAAGGAGUUGGAGGGCAUAGUGGGGAGAAAACUUGACGAUGAUGAGAUCCAGAGAUUGAGAAAGUCACGUCGGGAAGGCAAUUUCCACGAGGAGAUGCUGAACGUCAAGGUGAAGGGAAAGCAUGAUAAAUUUGCAUGA